GCCCGGCGAGAGGAAUUUCCCAGAAUGCACUUGUCAUUACCUAAGAAGUACACGGUCGUGUCGCUGUUUGACAAAUGCUCUGUUCCCACAGCGGCCCCCUAAGUCCGCUCUUCUUCUCGCUAUUUCUGCUGUCCGGUCUUUGUAGUUACGAGAAGGCUCGGAGAAGGUCUUAAAAACCUUCCGGCGUUCUUCGGCGCGCGCUCGAGUUUGCCGUAGGCCAGGAUGGCUGUCCGUCUUCUCCGAUCCGUGGCCCUGCUCCAAUGCAGUCGUUCCCAUAAGUCCGCAAGGCCGCUCCUAGCACUGAUUCCACCCGCUACGCUAGGAACGUGCCGAAGUAAGAAGACAUGGCCCAAGACGUUCCCAGAGGAAGAGCUGAGGAAGCGUUUGACCCCCAUGCAGUACCAUGUUACUCAGCAAAAGGGCACAGAGAGUGCUUUUACAGGAAAAUACACAGAUAACAAAGAAGAAGGGACCUACCAUUGUGUCGUUUGUGGUGCCUCUCUUUUCACGUCUGAUAAGAAGUUUGAGUCUGGAUCAGGAUGGCCCUCCUUUUUUGAUUUGAUCAAUAAGGACUCUGUAACGCUAACUGAUGACUUUUCAUACGGGAUGCACAGAGUGGAGACAACCUGCAGUCAGUGCGGUGCUCACCUGGGCCACCUUUUUGAUGAUGGACCUCGACCAACAAAGAAACGCUACUGCAUAAACUCCGCUUCACUCAAUUUCCAGGAGAAAAACAGUGCUUCUGCGGAGGUGGAAGCAUCUGGAGGAGCAGGUCAAUCACCAUCUUCUAGUAAGAAUGAAGAACUUUAAUAGGACAUGAAAUAGACCAAUCAGAUGUCACGCUACUCCAAAGUCACUCCAUCAACUUCAAAUCAAGUGAGCUGUGCAGUCAGACAGCUAUGUACUUAGCAUCAUUUAUCUGAAUCAUAGGGUUCUUCAAGAUCACAAAAUGCAAUAUCAGUAUCCAGAUAACAAAUGAGAAUGGCCUUAACGUUUGCUCCUCAACUUCUUUACUUGAAUUUUGUGUCGUUUGAAGAGCUCACAUUGCUUUAAAGAAGUUUGCUCUGCUUAAAUGUUUUUUAACACUUGUUGGAAAUUUUCAGUUGGGGAAAAAGUCUGAGACUACAUUGGAAAUUUUGAGUUUUUUAUUUGUUUUCAUUUUAAAUUAAAAGUUUUAAAGAUUGAGAAUUUUAAACAACUUCAAAACGAGUGACGGAUAAUGAAAAACACUUUCUAGGUCACUAAUUGAGUAAAUCGAGAGUCAGGUAUUCUGAGGUUCAAGAUGAUUUCUGAAUCAUGCUCAGAUCGUGCUGGAGAAAAUUUCUGGUGCCAUUAAAACAAACACAUUCACAUAUUCCUGUUGUGUUUUUUUUUUCAAUUCAGAUUUUAACUCUGAAGGUUUUUGCUUAUAAUGUAAUGUGUAAUGGAAAAGAAAAAUGCAUUUUCACUAGUGGUCUCUGACUUUUUAGACCCCAUUGUUUAUUGAAAGUCCAAUGAUUGGAAAUUAAUUAUAUAUGUAUACUUUCUCAGAGCGCUGUGUUGUUUUUGAAGUGACAUGUGAUACAGGGAGGUCAAGAAGUUUGAGGAAAAUGCUAUGCAAGUGCUCCUGUGAGCAGUAAAAUAAGCACCGAGUGGAGAACAAAGCAUUCUUUGAAAUAAAAUGGAACAGAUGACAAAUGUUUAGUCUGAACACAAAUGUAGCCUGACAUUUAAGGGUGCUUUUUUUGGUCUCCCUGCUUGCAGUGCCUAUUUUUGUCCUGAGUUGUGAGGGUUUUUUUGAGAUAUUGAUUUACUUUGAUUGAUAGAAUUUAACUAAUAUUGAACAGUGUGAUUAAAGAGAUAUUAAGAAUAA